AUGAAAACAGAUCUUCCGUCUAACUCAUCUAUGCUAACCAAGGUGCCCAUCAAAAAUUUUUAUAGCGAUUAUUUGCCAGACCACGUUCAACCACCGGCGUAUGGAGAUUCACGAGAAGUUUAUCCACCACCUCCCUACCACAAUCAACCACAAAACCAACCCCCUUACAUUAACGCUGGCCGCUAUCCUGCUCAUCCCUACCCCAGCACCGGACCAGCACCACACCAACCCUACUAUGUUCCGGCUCCAGCUCCAAGACCUCCUCCAACUCAAGUCACCCAAAAUAAAGGUAGGUUGCUUCCAAAGUCUUCAUGUUGCUGCGAUCUAAAGAGGAGGACCUACUGUUGUAUCAUCUCCAUGUUUCUAGUACUUUCUGCACUGGGCAUUGGUGCUUGGAUCAUCUUCAAGUUCUUAACGGAUAGUCCAAAAGGAUCAGUGAGCAACCACUGCUCAAGCCCAAAAAUCCACUGCAAUGGCAUCAGGGAUUGUGGGGACAACAGUGAUGAACUGGGAUGUGUCCGAUUCAGUGAAAGGAAAUCACAGCUGGAGAUCUAUGGGUGGAAAGACAAACAAUGGUUACCUGUUUGCUAUACUGCCUGGAGUCAAUCAUUGGCAGACAUAACAUGUCAACAACUGGGGUUCCAAAGUUCUUACCACAGCUAUAGUAUAGCUGCAAAGCAAUCUCCAACCCUUGUGGUGAACGUAACAGACGGAAAGACCAAUAUACAAAGUAUGUUGAGCUACAGUUCCCAGUGUUCCACCAACAAUGCCGUUGGUCUCCGUUGUGUUGAUUGUGGAAAAAGGUUCAAGACAUCAUCCAGAAUCGUGGGUGGAUCACCUGCCCAACUGGGAAAGUGGCCCUGGCAAGUUAGUCUUCAAUACAAGUCACAGCCAGUGUGUGGUGGAUCCAUCAUCUCACAUGACUGGGUGAUCACCGCAAGUCACUGCAUUUUUGAUGAGGAAGCACUUAACCCAUCCAAUUGGAAAGUGUACAGUGGCUUCAUUUCACAACAGCAGCUCUCAAGUGCCACUUUGAGAUUUGUCUCAAAAAUCAUCACUCAUGAUAACUACAACAGUGAGACCAAUGAUAAUGAUAUUGCUUUAAUAAAGCUCAACAAACCAUUGGAGAUAACAGAUAAAGUUAGACCUGUCUGUUUGCCAUUCUACAAUCAGGAAUUCACAGGUGGAACGUCUUGUUGGAUUACAGGAUUUGGUCGCGUAGAGGAGAGUUCAACCACAGUCUCCAACACCCUUCUGGAAGCUCGUGUUAACAUAAUCGAUAGAUCGACCUGUAACCAGAGAAGUGUCUACAAUGGAUUUGUAACAGAUCGCAUGAUCUGCGCUGGCAACCUCUCCGGGGGAGUCGAUUCAUGUCAGGGUGACAGUGGUGGGCCUCUGGCAUGUGAGGUGUCUGGAACCUAUUACCUAGCUGGAAUUACAAGCUGGGGUGUUGGCUGUGCUCGGGUAAACAAUCCAGGUGUUUAUACACGGGUGACGCAAUUCACAGACUGGAUCUUCACACAAAUGGAGGCUAACAAGUAACAACAAGGUCUGCCAGUGAACACACAGGAAGCUACAAGCCAUGACCAUUAGCCCCAGUCUGUGUCACUUUUUCUGAAGAUGUUCAUCUGGGCAGGUGACUUUCUUCCAUUGGCUUGUUA